AUUAUAAAGGUUGGAUUUGAUAGUGAUUGGAAAAAGCGUGUCUUCAUAUUUUGUGUGUUAAGAUGACAGGUGAGACAGGAAGUGGAUCACAGGACAAGUGGAGAGGGUCAAGCCUGUCAUGAUGGUGAACGUUCAGGAUAUUUGUGAAAAUAUGAGACUAGCAAGGGAAAUGGCCCUCACCAGCCAGUAUGAGACAGCAGCUGUGUACUACCAGGGUGUGGUGCAGCAAAUUCAUCGCCUGCUGGCUACCAUACAGGAACCUAACCGCAAGACAAAAUGGCAGCAGGUACAGCAGCAGGUUGCAGGAGAAUAUGAGAACCUGAAAGAGCUUAUGAACUGCAUCUCCUUAUUCAAGUCUGAUAACCCAUCAGCCCUCUCAGACAGACCGCUAGGCACCUCUUUGCGAAUGUCAUCCUUUGAGGAGCCAACUAGAGACCCUGAUGUAUGGGGCCCACCACCAGGACGUGACCCUGACGUAUGGCCACCACCGACCCCAGCUGACCACAAAUCCUUUGGAUUGUCCAGGUCCACUCAGGUGAAGCCAACACGAGGUCCCAGGAGGCAGGACUCUAGUAAGAAUGCAAAUACAGGACGUACAGGAAAGCCAGGCUCCAAGAAGGGAACUGAUUCCAAGACUGGGAGAGGGCGAGAUGAUAAGUCAACUGACCGUAAAGCGAGAAAGGAUUCGGACAAAAAAGAUGAAAAGGGUGGUGACAAGGGUGCAGAUGGACGUGGUGGGAAUGAAGAUGAAGACGAGAAGAAAUUUGAUCCUAGUGGAUAUGACAGAGAUCUAGUUGACAUGUUGGAACGUGAUAUUGUACAGAAAAAUCCCAGUAUUCGUUGGAGUGAUAUUGCAGACCUGCAUGAGGCGAAAAGGCUCUUGGAAGAAGCUGUUGUCUUGCCCAUGUUGAUGCCUGAUUUCUUCAAGGGCAUUCGUCGACCCUGGAAAGGUGUGUUAAUGGUGGGGCCACCAGGCACAGGCAAAACAAUGCUUGCUAAGGCUGUAGCGACAGAGUGUGGUACAACCUUCUUCAAUGUUUCCUCUUCUACCCUUACUUCAAAAUAUCGUGGAGAGUCAGAGAAGCUUGUUAGACUUUUAUUUGAAAUGGCCCGAUUUUAUGCACCCAGCACAAUUUUUGUAGAUGAAAUAGAUUCUCUCUGUUCUCGAAGAGGGACAGAAUCCGAACAUGAAGCUUCAAGACGUGUCAAGUCUGAACUUCUCAUGCAGAUGGAUGGUAUUCAGUCAUCCACAGACUGUGAAGAACCAAAGGUAGUGAUGGUCUUAGCGGCCACCAAUUUCCCCUGGGACAUAGAUGAAGCUCUUAGGAGACGCUUAGAGAAGAGGAUUUAUAUACCACUGCCCAAUAUGGAAGGAAGGGAAGCUUUGUUGAACAUCAACCUGCGGGAGGUUAAACAAGAUGAGUCUGUGGAUUUGACUCAAAUAGCGAUGAUGUUGAGUGGAUAUUCUGGAGCUGACAUCACAAAUGUUUGCAGGGAUGCCUCCAUGAUGUCAAUGCGACGUAAAAUAGCAGGACUUAAGCCUGAUGAAAUCCGUGCUUUGCCAAAAGAAGAACUGGAUCUACCAGUUACACAACAAGAUUUCCAUGAGGCAAUUCAGAAGUGCAAUAAAUCUGUGUCUCUGGAUGACUUGGAGAAGUAUGAGAAUUGGAUGCGAGAAUUUGGGGCUUCUUAAAUGACUUUCGUAAUGUGUUAUUAUAAAUGUGUACUUAUGAUUAAUUGAUUAUUAUUAUUUUCUGCUUACAUGACUUUUGCUGUGAUGCAGGAUGGCUGGACCAGUGCCGAUUCAUUGUAGUUAGCACCGUGUGGGUUAUUCUUUCACCCUGGCAGGAUGCUAGUCCAUAGGGCCAUAUGCAAGAAGAGUCAUCACGUACAUCUUGCUUUGGUAUCCCGACGGGCGCUAUGCAAGAAUCACUCGGUGCUUUAAAAAAAAUUAAAUUAAAUUAAUGCGAUUCAUUAUUGGAAUGUCGGUGAUUUCCGUGGUGCUCGCACCCCUUCCCAAUGCACACCACGAUGGAACUGUUUUGAAACCAAAUGAAAAGAAAUAAAAGUGGAUGUACAGGACAUAAAUUGUAGAAAUCUGCAAAGGAGUAAUAUUUUAUGAGAUAUCCUCCAUAUGGAACAGCCUAUGAAGAAUUUUGUUGUUCUUUUUAAAAGAAUUCCGUGUUUGUGUGGGGACAUCCGCCAGCUUCUUUUUGCCUCAUCGCUGCUUUUAUCCUCCACAUACUCCUAACAUGGCCAACACUACCAAAAUAGAUAUUGUAUGAGUAUAAAUAUUUAGUAGCCUAAAUUUCAUAUUUUAACAAGUCCAAAUAUGCCAGGUCACCAGUACCAGGUAAUUCUUAGGCCCUAACACAUCAGCUGUGUGUUCCAUUUGUGCAUCAGUUGAACCACAACUUGUUACAAAUAACAUAAAUUCACGUGUAUUUUGUACAGUGGCGGACCGUGGUUGCACUGAUGAGACAUGCAGAACACCCACACAUAUCAGUUAUCAAAUCAAAUAUCAAGUAGGAUAUGGCUUCUCUCUAAGUAAGGGUUGUCAAGGUUUUAUAAACACCUAAGAAACUAUACUAAAGUUAAAAUAUCUUGCCUCAAAUUAUUUUGCAGUCAAGAAAUAUUUACUUAAAUUGAAAUUGAGCUUUCCGAGAAUUGUUUUUUCUCUGUAAACGUGCACAAACUGAAACAUUUUCUUCUCAGUUCACUUAGCACAU